AUGUCUAAGAAUAGCUUCCAGGUUCCAAAGAUUGUGCCUAUCUGUUACCUGAGAUUUGUGGUGAUGAAGUAUACCAAACUUCUCAAAGUAUUCGGAUAUAUGAUUAUAUUAUAUGGCAUCCUGAAUCUUUCUGCAAUUGUGAAAGAUCAUUUGCAGUUGAGCAAAAAGUUUGCAGCAAAGAGCUCAACAACCUACGAAAUAAGCUUUGCAAACUUUACUCAGCACUAUAAAUACAUAUUGUUGCCGAGCUCUUCAACCUUAUCUUCAUGUCUCAGGAACGGCGGGCGUAUCGACGACCUGCAGCGGCAUGAGAAGCGCCAGGAGGAUCUGCAUCAGCUACAUUCAAUAGUGUUGCAGAUACGAAUCAGCCCUCUAAUGAUCGCCACUGUUUUAUCCACUGCAAAUCAUACCGAGGAGCGCCAAGCUGUACGUGAAACCUGGGCAUCAGAAAGAGAAUCAAAAUUCAUUAAAACCCACUACGUGAUGGUAUUCUUCAUCAUAUCUUCUACAUCCAAAAACGAUCUACACAAUCUGCAGAAAGAGCAAGAAGAGUAUGACGAUUUGAUUGUCACAGACUUGCACGAAGGUUUCAGGAAUUUACAUCUCAAAGUCUAUGCGUCUAUGGUCUUCCUUCAACAAUACUGUCCAUCGGCGCAUUUCCUCAUGAAAGUUGACGACGAUGUCGCACUCAACCUUGAUCGCGUGGUUGAUUCAUGGAAAAGAGACAGUGAAUCUAUUCGCUCCAUUUUCUGUCGAGUUUGGAUAAAAAUGCCACCAAUCAGAAACAUCAACAGUAAAUAUUACGUUCCCGAAAAUGCGUGGCCAAACGAAUACUUCCCGCCUUAUUGCAGUGGUCCCAUGUAUAUAAUGGGUAAAGAAGCUAUUCAGCUCAUUCUUGACUAUGCUCCCUUAUUUACGCCAGUAACGGUGGAUGACGUAUUCUACACUGGUAUUAUUGCCGAAAAGGCAAAGAUUCAAAGAGUUCAUUGGGAAGCUAGCGUGACUUUUGAUUUCCAGAAAUUUUCGCUGGAGUGCAAUAAACCAAAGGAGGUGAAGCUUUUCGUUCAUUCAUUGCAUUCACCGACACGUCUUCGAACAGUUUUUCAACUCAUGAGAAAUAGUAAGCGCAAUUAUGACAAUGAUACCAUCAGAAUUUGCAUUGUUUGCCUGUUGAUUCUCGCUCUCUUUUGUGCUUGUUAUUGA